UGUACACCUUACCUUCCUCACAAGACACAUCCUCAGAGCACACUGUUACAGACUAAUACCAGCGCCACCACCACCACCCAAACACUGCCCAGCCACCACACAGCUCCACUACAGCCCAAGGACUGCAGAAUGAGGACCUGGUUAAGGGCCCAGUGUGCUGAAUGUUCUGUGGUCCUCUUGGGUCUCAUAACGCUGACCUUAUCCUUGGGGAACAUCUCAAGUAGAGUACAGGAUGAGGGUGUAGCCUCUAACAGUCUGGAAGACGGACUAGAGGUGACUACUUAUUGGUGGGGGGAAUGGGCAAAAUGGACAGCCUGCACACGUACUUGUGGAGGGGGGGUCAUGUCUCAGGAAAGACAUUGUCUUAAGCAAAGAAAGAGAACAACAACUGGUAAGGACAAUAUGACAUGCACAGGAAGUGCAAAAAGGUACCAUCUCUGUAAUACAAAGGAAUGCCCCUCAACUGGAAGGAGUUUCAGAGAGGAGCAGUGCUGGUCAUUUAACUCUCAGGUGUUCAAUGGAAAGAACUACCACUGGAAACCCCUUUACCCAGAUGACUACGUUCAUAUUUCCAGCAAUCCCUGUGACCUUCAUUGCACUACAUCUGAUGGUCAAAGGCAGCUGAUGGUUCCAGCCCGUGAUGGAACCUCCUGCAAGUAUAGCAAUUACAGAGGCGUCUGUGUAGAUGGCAGGUGUGAGCCUAUUGGAUGUGAUGGCAUCCUCUUCUCUCCCAACACACUAGAUAAGUGUGGUGUGUGUCAAGGAGAUGGGAGCAGCUGUAGUAGGAUAACUGGUAACUUUCGCCGUGGAUCUUCCACGCUUGGAUAUUCAUUCAUUACCCAGAUUCCUGAGGGCUCAUGGGACAUCCAGAUCAUUGAGAGAAAGAAAUCUGCAGAUAUACUGGCUGUGACAGACCAAGCAGGCAACUUCUUCUUUAAUGGGGCUUACAAGGUGGACAGUCCACAGAACUUCCAUGUGGCAGGCACCAUCUUCAAGUACCGGAGGCCCACCGAUGUGUAUGAGACGGGGAUUGAGUACAUCGUGGCGAAAGGGCCCAUCAAUCAGCCCAUCAAUGUUCUGGUUUGGAACCAGAACGGUCGCAACCCUUACAUCACCUACGAAUACACAGUAAUGCGUGACCCUCUUACUCCAGUAUCCCAGCCACCCAUCUACACUGGCUCAGAUGGAGGAUCCAGCCACCAAGCCUCUAUUGAGAUCAACAAUGUGUCACCCCACAAUGACAGUGUGAGUGACAAGGUUGUCCCAGAGACACAGAGGAAUCAGGGGAAGAUGAAGAACAUUGGGCCUGGUGCAGUUGAUAAGCCUGGUGAGGAGACCAAUGAAGUGUAUGAGGAUGCAGCUGCUAUAGACUGUAAUCAGGAUGCCCCAACACCCCCACAAUAUCCAGAUGGAAAUACCAGCUGGCCAAGUGGAGUGGUUGCCCCUGGCAUUGAGCCUGCAAGCAGACCAGCAGAUGAGAUGGUGGAUUCUGCAAAUUUCAUAUGGAGGAUGUUUCUAGCACGUUGCACACUGCAUGUUAACAUUUCAACAAAUCAGCUUCUUGGUGAAGAGGAAAGCCUCGUCUCUGAAGGAGAGCCAACUGAGUUGGACUACAGCAGCUCUGAGCAAGGGAACCUUAAUGGUUCAUAUCUUGAGUUCUCACUGUCCCGCCGUCGCAAUGACACAGGAGAUCUUUUCCAGAACAGAACACUGAAUACCAGCUUAAGGAACGGCAGCCGUACCAAUCGCACCAGGAGUCAACCAAGAGUUACUGGGAAGAACAAAUUGAGUUCUGCUGAUAUGUAUCGUUGGAAACUGUCCUCUCAGGAACCAUGCAGCAUGACAUGCUCAAUAGGCGUGACAAGAUCCUUUGCAAUGUGUGUACGAUAUGAUGGUGUUGAGGUGGAUGACUCCUACUGUGACGCUUUAACUCGCCCUGAACCGGUGCAUGAUUUCUGUAUUGGAAGGGAGUGCCAACCAAGGUGGGAGGCCAGCAGCUGGAGUGAGUGUUCACGAACCUGUGGUGAGGGUUUUCAGUUUCGGCUAGUGCGUUGCUGGAAGAUGCUGGCCCCUGGUCUGGAUAGUUCAGUCUACAGCAAUUUAUGCACAGAUGCUGAGCUAGAGCGCCCUCCAGAGCGCAGGCCUUGCAAAAGCCCCACUUGUGGUCCACAGUGGGAGAUGGCUGAGUGGUUAGAGUGCCCAGCAAAAUGUGGUCGCAGAGGUUUGGUGACUCGUGAGGUCAGGUGCUCAGAUGAAGGGAGGUCAUGUGAUGAGACAACUCAGCCUCCAUCUUCCAAGAACUGCACUGGUCCACCAUGUGAUCGGCAGUGGACAGUCUCCAUGUGGGGCCCGUGCUCAGGUCCAUGUGGGCAGGGGAAGAUGGUACGGCAUGUGUACUGCAAAACCCCAGAGGGCCGGGUGGUGCCUGAGUCUCAGUGUUCACUAGAGAACAAACCACUGGCCACUCAUCCCUGUGGAGAUAAAGAGUGCCCACCACACUGGCUGGCUCAAGACUGGGAAAGGUGCAACACAACAUGUGGACGUGGUGUAAAGAGGAGGACUGUGCUAUGCGUUGGAAUAACGGGUGGUAAGUUUCAAAUCCAUGAAGAUGAGGAAUGUGAUGCUAGUAAGCGACCAGAGGAAGAGGACACUUGCUUUGAGAGGCCUUGUUUUAAGUGGUAUACCACACCUUGGUCUGAGUGCACCAAGACGUGUGGUGUGGGAAUGAGGAUGAGGGAUGUGAAAUGCUACCAGGGAAGAGAACUUGUUCGUGGAUGUGACCCUCUGACUAAGCCUGUUAACAAACAGACAUGUGCAUUGCAACCUUGCCCUACUGAACCACCAGAUGACAAUUGCCAGGAUCGUCCCAGCACCAACUGCUCUCUGGCUAUUAAAGUAAAUCUUUGCAGCCACUGGUAUUACAGCAAGGCCUGUUGCCAUUCAUGCCGGAAUCAACGUGCCACCUAGUUUUUGUCACAGGAGAAAAAGUAAAUGCACUUAAAUCAGGAUAUAAAGGGAUGAUGGAGAAAUUAUUAAGUAUCUAAUACAUACAGACAGUGGCAGACAUCUGGAGUCUUAGAACAUCUUGGUUUACCUAUUAAAUGAGUCUUUUUGUUUUAUUUUUUUAUCUAAAUAUAUUAAACUAUCACUGACGUCAAUAUGUUAUUAGCAAUAUCUGUAUUAUGACAAGUCCUACAACUUUGGGAUACAUUAAGGAAAAUUUAAAUUAUUACAUAAAAGCUUUGUGAAACGUAAUUAUAAAGCAUGAGCAGAUUUAUGAUCCAUCAAACUGGCAAUGAUGAUAGUCAUUAUUAAUUAUUACCUUGGGGUUAUCUGAAUACAAGCUGACUUUUCAUCUAGUGCUAGCUGCAAUGCUAUGCUGUUUUAUUGGCAUCUUAUUUAACUGUUAUUGGACCAUUGCUUUUCUAUUUUUUAUUUAUUAGUCAGAGCAGAUGUUUGUUUAAACAUCCCAUGUUCUCCACUCAUUCUAUUGAUCUGCAGUCAGCAGCUGUUUUUGACAGGGAAGCAGGGAAGAACAAACACCCAUGUUACUUGAUUUUAUUGAGACCUGUUAUGAGUAAUUGACCAUGUCCUGAGACUUGAACAUGUAAGAUUUUAAACUGUAUGCAAUUUAUAUACUACUCCUUUGUGGCACAGUUCAGUUAAUAUAAUACUCAUUGCUGUUACCUCAGGGGAAAAAAAAUCAAAAGUAAAUGUAAUUUAAUUUUACUGUAGAAAGAAAAUGCAUUUUUUGUUACCUCUCACAGUAAGAUAAGUAUGACUAUUUCUAACCCAACAGUAGGCAAUAUUUUUUACCUCCUGUAAAAUCAGGCAUAUUACAGCAUUUACUUUGAAAGCUUGAAUAAAACACAAUAACUUUUGACAGAUAUUGAAAUAACUGUCUGGUUUGAUUUAACUUAACCACUGCAGGUACUCAGCAAGUGUAGCAACAUUCAGAUCAUUCUACCCUCAAUGUGACAGAUUGUAAUAUGCUGUAUACUGUCAUUUCACAUUCCUUAUCUUCGACUUUUGCCAAAGUGGUGAACAGCAAUCUGUGUGAAAGAACUUGCACCAUCUGCUGGUCUAUUUAUUUAAUCACACUGACGAUGGAAAAGUCUUCCAAAUUCUUGUUUAUUAAAAUGACCUGACAGGAAUGUGUGGGUAUUUUUUUUUUUGCAGUCUAUAAAAGGUAAUUGUGGUAAAUCUUGUGCGUAAAUAAACUAAAUAAUGGAAAACAUUGACAAGAUGUAGAAUUGUUAGUGAACAUGUUUUUUUUAAUGUCAAGGUUGCUAAUUAUAUUUUGACCACUACACUAGUGCAUGUAAUUAUAUAAUAAGAAAAAUAAAUAAAUAAAUAUUACCUGUACUUUGACAAGCAGCCUGUGUCUCUAUCCUUUAUCUGACUCCACUCAUUCAUGUGCUUACAAAAUAAACUGACCAUCUGAUUGGUUCCUGCUUGGCAAUACAGUAUAACCUCGGAUUGCGAGUAACGUGGUUUGUGAGCGUUCUGCAAGACGAGCAAAUAUUUUUAAUACAUUUUGACUUAGAAACCAAUAAAGUCUUGGUUUACGAGUACCAUGUACCAUCAUGCUGGGUCUUAGUGCACGUCUCUCACUGGUAUAAUCAACAUCUGUG